UUGUUUGUUGGACUGUCUUGUCACUGUCUAAACUGCAGUUAUUUGUUUGUUUAUAUAGGAGAUUUAGGUAUUGUAUAUUUGUAAUUAAGAAAAAUUGAAUAGGAGUUUUUCUCUCUCUAUGGUAUUCUUGCUUUAAGAUACUCAGUUUAGAGGUGAUUCUUGAUCUUUUACCUCUUAGGAACCCUAAUUUUACCUUAAUCUUCCUAAUUCCUAUCUAUUUGAUUAAAUUGUAACAAAUUUACAAAUAACGUAGUUCGUUUACACUUAAUCACAAUUAACAGUUUUCUUUUGUGACUUGUUCAUUUGCUUUUUAAAUUUUCUAUCCCGGUUCAAAUAGUAUUUCAACAAGAGAGAAGGCGAUUGCACAAGAAUUCUUUUUGUUUAAUUGUUUAAAAUUUUCUAUACAGAAAACAAGAAAUAUUUCAGUUCAUCUCUCAUAAAGUAAAUAACUUUAAGGACCCAAAAAAAAAAAAAAAUGAAUCUUGAAAACAAAGUGAAUUCAUUUCUUAAUUGAGUGUCUCUGUCGUCAGUUUAUGACUGUCUCUUUCUCCUUUAAAUUUCAACCAUAUUUUUCAUAGGGUGAAAAAUCUCAAAUACUCAAAAAGAUAUUUGAGCCAUUUGUUCCACGCAUUUUAUGUCCUUUUGUGAUAUUUUUUGUCAAUAUCUCCAGUUAGAUAUCUACUUGUUGAGUAAUCACAUCAAAGUUUCUAGUAUAAAAGAAUAAACAUUAUACUGAAAUAGCAGUAAAGAACUAGUUUUUACAACCGUAUGGAAGACGAUACUAAGACCACCUACAAUUACAAGGAUUAUUACAAGAUUCUUGAAGUAGAAUAUGAUGCAUCCGAUGAGAAGAUCAGAGUAAACUAUAGAAAACUUGCACUGAAGUGGCAUCCUGACAAACACAAGUGUAAUGAUGAAGCAACUGCUAAAUUUCAAGAGAUUAAUGAAGCUUAUUCGGUGUUAAGUGAUCCUGAUAAGAGACUUGACUAUGAUCUAAAUGGAAACUAUGAGAUAAAUAAUUACACCUUGCCAGAAUAUCUAGCCAGAUUCAAAGGGAUGAUACUUACCUGUAAUGGGCUUGGAAUAAGCCAGGAUCCAGUCUGGUCAGAGCAAUUAACAGAAUUUAACAAGUUGAUGGACAAAUGAAAGAGGGUGGUCAUCUUUUUUAUCAUCUUCACACUCGUCUUUCCUUUGGUACAUCGCUUACCCUCCUAGAUGUUUAUGGUAGUAACCUUUUGUUAGUGACGAGAUUUAUGUCCUAAAGUUGAAUAUUCAUGAUCUCGCUCAAAGGUUUUCCAGAGCAACCAUGUUGUAUGUAACUGCCAGGAUAUCUUUACCUAAUAUGUUAAUGCAAUUCAGACAAUUUCUACAGUGAUCAUGAUUUGGUAUUUACUGAAUUCCCUUUAGAGCUCUUGUAAAAUGUAGACUUUGUAAAAAAGUAUACUGGAAAUGUGAUUGUUAACAUUUUUCCUUCCUCAA